GAUUACCCAUGGAUAUAUAAAAAGAUUCACUCUCGAGCAUGGUGUUCCAAUUUGAAAACAAGCAUUCGCCGUGUGAAAAUGUAUCGGUUAACUCGUGUCAUAAUAAUCCUUGUCAGUUGUUUUUUCACUCUGGCAGUGUCAAAAGCAAUUGCUCCACAUUGGGAACUGCCCACACCACGGGAUAUUGAAACAAGCCUAGAAAGUUGCACUAAACUGAAUGAUAAUGCCGGAGCAUUGCGUUGCUUGGUAAAGGAUAUUGGCCUAUGGACCGAUGAGCAAGGUUACAAUGCCAAAAGGAUAGCAAAAAUUUUUGCCUCCCACAAUCAAAUCGAGGAACUCAUGUUGGUGGUAAACUACUGCAAUCGGAGGGAGCAAAGAACCGACGACCUCAAUAAAUGGGCAUAUAAGGCAUAUAAAUGCGCCACUUCAGGCAGAUUUGGACAUUGGGUUAAUGAGUAUAUGAAACAAGAAAUGGAAACAAAAUAA